AUGGCCGCGAUCGACAACGUCGAAGCCAAGGCACCGGUGAAGACGGUCACUCCAGACCACGUCGAGGACCGCGAAGGCGGCGUCCUCCUUUACGAUGAGGAAGGCCAUGCGCGCAGGCUGCCCGUGCCCUCGACCUCGCCCAACGACCCCCUCAACUUUGGCCCCUGGCGCCAGCGCCUCAUCCUCGUCGCAGUCUGCAUCUACGGCAUCACCAGCUUCGGCAUCGUCCAGCUCACCCCGCUCUUCUUCGGCAAGCUGAUUCCGUUGUACAAAGCGCAAUCGCAAGGCGCAUUCCCCGCCUCUCAAAUCAUCGAGCUGGCCAGCUACCCUUCGCUAUGCAUGGGCCUGGGCAACUUCUUGUUCGUCCCGCUCUCCAUGGCGCUCGGACGCCGCUUCUCAUUCAUCCUUUGCAAUGUCAUUCUGUUGGGCGCCAUCAUCUGGGCUGCUCUCUCGGACUCCUUCACGUCCCACCUCGGAGCUCGUUGCCUCCAGGGGCUGACUGCGGGCAUUGCUGACUGCUUGUUACCCAUCAUUGUGCUGGACAUGACAUUCCUCGACAGGCGCAGCUCGCGGCUGGUGGCUUACUGGACUCUAACCGCUGUCGGCUCCUCGCUGAUCAUCGUCCCCGUUCCCUUCAUCGUCGAGGCCGUCGGGGGCAACUGGCGCGUCGGCUACUGGUACUUCGCGGGAUUUGCAGCCCUUUCUCUGCUGGCAGUCGUCUUCCUCGUCCCCGAGAUCUUGUUCCACCGCAAGGCAGCCCAGUUUGAUGGCAAGACCCACGUGACGGACUCGUACGGCACGCACCGCACAUUCCUCAGCCCCGAGGCUGCCCGCGAGGCCGGGUUCGAGGUUGACAACGACAACGAGUCUGAGACGGGUGCACCGGCCACGGAAAAGUCCUACCUUCGCCAGAUGGCGCCCUUCACCGUCCAGCGCUCGCCCGUCUCCAGCUUCUUUGGCGCCUUUAGGGACAUAUUCACCUGCCUGCUGAUCCCCGGCACCUUCUGGACCCUGCUCUUCAACAGCUUGGUCUUUGGCGGUCUGGUCGCGCUGAGUCUGACCUAUACCGAGCGCCUCGAGAUGGACCCGUGGCACUUCUCCCCCUCGACCGUGGGCACCGUCCAGGUCGGCGCCGCCAUCGGAUCCCUCGUGGGCCUCGCCUUUGGCGAGCUCGCUGAGCCGACCAGCCGCUGGCUCACGCGCCGCAACCACGGCGUCCGCGAGCCCGAGCACGUGCUCCCCAACUUUGCCAUCCCCACCAUCUCGGCCUUUGCCGGCUUCAUCGUCUACGGCACCAUCGGCGCCGAUCCCCACAAGUACAGCUGGGUCGGCAUCCACGCCGCCUUUGCCCUCUUCUACUUUGGCUUCUGCGCAAUCUCGGCCGUCACGGGCGUCUGGCUGGGAGAGCUCCUGCCCCACAUGUCGGGCCCGGCCAUCGUGCUGACGUGCGGCGGCCGCAACGCUGUCUCGUUUGGCUACAGCAGCCAGUUCAUCGGGUGGAUCGGCUCCAUCGGGUUCAGGCAGACGUACAUCCUGUACGGCGGAGUCCUCUUCGCCCUCGGCUUCCUAGCCAUCCCCUUGUACUUCAUCAACCCCCGCAUCCGCAGGGCCAUGCGGGACAUCAAGUGGCUGCAUGCUUACUGAGCACGCUGGCGGACCUGUUGCUGGUUCAAAACUAGCAUGAAGGAGAGGUUGUAGUCGUUGUUAUCACCGGGAGUCUGGACGAUAAGGAUAUUUGCAGGGCCCAGCUCAGUUUGGAGGGCUGUGAGUUAGCCCUAGAAGAAGCACGGGAUCUAUAGAAGGCGGACAGGGAGGGCAUAGCUUGGUGGUCAAAUCGUAUGUUUUUCUGACAAUAUCUUGGAUAUCGUUUGCGAAAUUGUGUCCCGUUUUCUUGUCACUGCUGCAGCAGCACAUGCCAGCCAAAAUACCAGCAUCCCA